AGAGACAUAGGAAAUAGGGCUGACAGUUUUGUAAGAACUUUUCAUUUUUGCUAGGCAGUUCUUUAACUUCUCGGCAGACAAAAAGUGUGGAAACACGUCAAUUACUGAGCAACAAUGCACCAAAUCUGUCUCUCUCUGCUCUCUGGUCUUUGCCUUUGCUUGUUUUCCCUUUGCUGUGCUGAGGAAGGUCUUGAGUUCCCCAAUUUUGACGGGAAGGACAGGGUGCUGGACAUUAACGAGCGCAACUACAAGAAGGCCCUGAAGAGAUACGACCUGCUGUGCCUCUUCUACCACGAGCCGCUGCCCGCCAACAAAGGCCUGCAGAAGAGGUUCCAGAUGACCGAGCUGGUGCUGGAGCUCACAGCUCAGGUGCUGGAGGACAAAGACAUCGGCUUUGGGAUGGUGGACUCCCAGAAGGAUGUGAAAGUAGCCAAAAAGCUGGGUCUUGAAGAGGUGGGCAGCUUGUACGUGUUCAAGGACGACCGUGUCAUUGAGUUUGAUGGAGAGCUCUCCGCAGACACACUGGUGGAGUUUCUGCUGGAUGUGCUGGAGGACCCAGUAGAAAUGCUCAAUAACGCCAUGGAGCUGCGAGCCUUCGAGAGGAUGGAGGAAGACAUCCGCCUCAUUGGAUAUUUCAAGGGAGAAGAUUCAUACUACAAAGCUUUUCAGGAGGCCUCAGAGCGAUUUCAACCUUACAUCAAGUUCUUCGCAACAUUUAGUAAAUCUGUGGCCAAACAUCUCUCCCUGAAGAUGAACGAGGUGAAUUUCUACGAGCCCUUCAUGGAGGAGCCGGCCAUCCUGCCGGGCCGGCCUCUGUCAGAGAUGGACAUUGUUGAUUUUGUCAACCAGCACCGAAGGGCUACUUUGAGGAAGCUCCGGGCAGAGAACAUGUUUGAAACAUGGGAGGAUGACAUGGACGGCAUACAUAUUGUUGCGUUUGCUGAGGAGGAAGAUCCAGAUGGCUAUGAGUUUCUGGAGAUCCUGAAAGACGUGGCCAGAGACAACACCAACAACCCAGAGCUCAGCAUCGUCUGGAUCGACCCAGAUGACUUCCCUCUGCUGACCACGUAUUGGGAAAAAACCUUCAAGUUGGACCUGUUCCGACCUCAGAUUGGUGUGGUCAACGUCACAGAUGCGGACAGCGUGUGGCUGGACAUGUCCAACGAUGAAGACCUGCCCUCCCCUGAGGAGCUGGAGGACUGGAUAGAGGACGUCCUGUCAGGGAGGGUGAACACGGAGGACGACGAUGAGUCUAUGGACGACCAGGAGGACCCUGAAGGGUACAUCCCAGAGGACAGCUCCGAAAGUCAGGACCCGGAGGAGGAAGAGGACGGAGAUGACUAACUCACUGUUGAGGGUGGGUGUCCAGCCAGGUCAGACCUGGGUCAAAACUGGCAACACCCACAUUACUGAGAAAGUAUUUCUUUAUCUAAUUGUUUGAGUAAAAUAAAAAGGAUGUAUGGUUUAAUAAAAAUGCAGGCCAUGAAAACAAAGAGCUAAAAAAUGCUCCUUAAGACUGAGAUUCUUUCAGUCAGAUAAGUCUUUGUGAGAUCUGUUGACACAUAUGUUAAUAUCAAAAAUGAUCAUAAGGUUGAGAUAAGAUAAGAUAAGAGGGAUUGUGUCUAUCUACGUGAAGAUAAUAUACCAAAAGUGUUUUGUUCUUCUAAUUAGAAAAUAACUUGAACUGUUUUCUUGUGAUGAAUUCAGAACCGAAUAAAAGUAUA